GAACUAUCCAACUUACUACAGAGGAAGGGAAGUUGACGUGUAGAAGGACUGAAGAUUCCUUCCAUUACUGCACCCUCCCGCAGUACAGAAUUGUGGAUUACCUGCGGAUCUUGGGCAAUUUCACACCUUCACUUCUUCCUGUAGUCCCUGAACAUUUACUCUGGGUCCUUGUUGCCCCAUUUGGUGAAAGAUGGCAUCAAGCCUGACUUGUACGGGAGUGAUCUGGGCUUUGCUCUCAUUUCUUUGUGCUGCCACCUCCUGUGUGGGGUUCUUUAUGCCGUACUGGCUCUGGGGAUCACAGUUGGGCAAGCCUGUGUCCUUUGGUACUUUCCGGAGGUGCUCCUAUCCUGUGCACGAUGAGAGUCGGCAGAUGAUGGUAAUGGUGGAGGAAUGUGGGCGCUAUGCCUCCUUCCAGGGCAUCCCCAGCACAGAAUGGAGGAUCUGCACCAUAGUGACUGGCCUGGGGUGUGGCCUCCUGCUCCUGGUGGCACUGACGGCUCUCAUGGGAUGCUGUGUGUCUGAGCUCAUCUCCAGGACAGUGGGAAGAGUAGCUGGAGGAAUUCAGUUCCUGGGGGGCUUGUUGAUCGGCGCUGGCUGUGCCCUCUACCCCUUGGGCUGGGACAGUGAGGAAGUCCGGCAGACUUGUGGCUAUGUUUCUGGCCAGUUUGACCUGGGUAAGUGUGAAAUCGGCUGGGCCUACUAUUGUACUGGAGGGGGUGCUGCCACCGCCAUGCUCCUGUGCACAUGGCUGGCUUGCUUCUCAGGCAAGAAACAGAAGCACUACCCAUACUGA